CACGUUUUCGUUGCUGGCGCAAUCGUAAUUUCGCUCUUACCGGCGUUCCAGCCUCCCUCCUCAUCGCACCCCCCAUUUCACUCACUCUCCCUCUUGUUCCUCCUCGUUGCACCGUGAUACUUUAGUCUCUUUUCUAGUCUCGCAAGGUAGUCUCUUCAAUGUAUCUCCAUCUCGUUCCUCAGAGCCGCGCGUAGCCGAACAGAAAAACUGGGCCCCCCCCUUGUUCUUAUUAUGUGAAAAUCAAGCCGGGCCCGUGUCCACGUUACGUUUACGCUAUUUAAUACAAACGAGAUAGGUGCCCGUAUUGUUCGCCGGCUAUAUAAGGUCCACGUGGCCCGCUCGUAUCGGCAGAGAUUCGUCUGAUCUUAGAUAGACGCACGCAAACAUGAAGUCCCUCAUCGUUUUAUCAUGCCUCUCAUUGUCGACGCUGGCUUUGUCCGCGUAUGUGCCUUAUCAUCAAGCAUACGGGGCCGGAUAUCACGGGCCGUCGGCUCCGCUGGCCCACGACGGCCGCGUGGUCGACACGCCGGAAGUGGCGCACGCCAAGCAAGCGCAUCUGGCAGCGUACGCUGCGGAGGCUGCCAAAACGGCGCAUCACGGUGGAUAUAACGUGGGAUAUGCCGCAGACGGAAGUUACGACAAUCAUGGAGCACAUCACGGCGCGUAUCACGGACCACUGGCACCGCUCGGUCAUGACGGAAGAGUGGUGGACACGCCGGAAGUGGCUCAUGCCAAGGCCGCGCAUUUGGCCGCUCACGCUGAGGAACUCUCCAAGAUCGCUCAUCUGUCGUAUCUGGAUCCCUAUUCGCAUGCCAAAUGGUGAAUCCUUUGUCGAGACGUUGCAGAAGGAAAUUAACUUCAUUCAUAUGUAGCAGUAGAGAUUGAAGAAAGUAGAGGCAGGCUUCGGAAGAUCGUUGCGGGAACGCGCGUUGACGUGGAUUUCUAUUUGUAGCGUGCUGGUGUAGCAAGGCUGGUAAAUGUACAUUUCCAAGAUAUUCUGUGUAUACGCCAUUUUAACGACAUGUCGCAAGAGUAAAUAAAAAAUACCAAUGAGUAA